GGCUGGAGUGUUUCCGCGGGCCGGCUUUGCUCGCUCUCUCGCCAGUCACGCAGGGCCAUCCCCCACAGCUUGGGAGGGGUGGGCGAGGACGGGUGUCAUCUUCGUGGGGGUGCUGGAGGAGGCUGCCGCGGGUGCUCCUGGCGCGGGCAGCACUUCCGCAAACGUAAUUGGAGUCGGGAAAACAAAGGCGCUGCCCAGGGAGCCCUCGCCGGGCGCCGGCAGCCGGUGUUGGGGACGAGGAGUGGGCCCCAAGGGGCAGGCCCUUACCGGCCGAGCCUCUCUGGUACCCUUGCUGUAAACAUCCCCGGGAGAACGCGAGAGACGCGACCAGCCCCGCAGCCAAGGGGACGAGGAGCUGGCCUCCUGUGAGGCAGGAGGAAGACAUCGACACCGCCUGUUUCGCCAGAUCAACAAUCACAAUCUUGAAGAUUUAAAGGUUCUGAUGGUGGUGGUAAGCCAUGGCGGCAGAUGACAAAGUUGCUAUCUUAACGGACGAUGAAGAGGAGCACAAGAGAAAGUAUGUGCUUGCUGACCCAUUUAACGGCAUUUCCAGGGAACCAGACCCACCUUCCAACGAAACACCCUCCUCCACAGACACACCUGUUCAGCCUGAGGAGGAAAUAGACUGGAUAGAGAAACACUGUGUCAAAAUAAACAAUGAUCUUCUGAUUUCCAAGGUUUUCUACUUUUUCUUUUACUCUGCUUAUGGCUCUCUCUACCCCCUUUUGCCUGUGUAUUACAAACAGCUGGGAAUGUCCCCCAGCCAGAGUGGACUGCUAGUAGGUAUUCGAUACUUCAUUGAGUUCUGCAGUGCACCUUUUUGGGGUGUGGUUGCAGAUCGCUUUAAAAAAGGCAAGAUUGUCCUCCUGUUUUCUCUUUUGUGUUGGGUUUUAUUCAACCUGGGCAUUGGGUUUGUGAAACCUGCUACCCUGAGAUGUGUACCAAAGAUUGCCCCAACAGCACCUCCCACCAACUCAAGUCACCUGUUUACCAUCCUGCCAACAAAUUCCUCUGGUACCUCCCUCCUCACCACAUCACCAAAAAUACGUGAGAAGAGGAACCUGCUUCCUUCUGAUUGGUCACCAAUAGAAACAGGCCUGAACACCACAGACCCUGUUACCUAUUCAACAGCUUCAAACACCAGUGCAUCUGUCCUGCCACUCCAGACAUACGGAACAACUCUCCGCCCUAUGGACUUGACCUUGAGCCCAAGCACAGCAACACCUACGUCCCCAGAAAAUGCAACCAGAGAGACAACCACUGUUGUCAUCACUACCACUAAAUCUUUGCCUGCUGACCAAGUCAUUCUUGUGUAUGAUCAGGAGGAAGUUGAAGCUAUAUUCUUGGUGAUUCUGGUAGUUGUCAUAAUAGGAGAAUUUUUCAGUGCCUCUUCUGUCACGAUUGUGGACACGGUGACACUCCAGUACCUGGGAAAGCAUAGAGACCGCUAUGGGUUGCAGCGCAUGUGGGGCUCGCUGGGCUGGGGCUUGGCCAUGCUGUCUGUGGGCAUUGGGAUUGAUUACACCCACAUAGAUGUGCUCAUCGAUGGAAAGGGGUGUAAACCCCCCGAAUACCGGAACUACCAGAUUGUCUUCAUCGUCUUUGGUGUUCUCAUGACCAUGGCCUUGAUCGUUGCUACUCAGUUCCGGUUCCGCUACAACCACUUCCAAAGCAAUGAUAAGGGGAAGGAGGUAGAGAUCCCACAGGUGGAAAGGAACAACUCUGCAGAGUCCUCGGAGGAGACACCGCCCUCCACAAGCCCCUCGCAGACCUUCAACUUCUGGGACUUGAUCAGACUGCUCUGUAGCGUGCAGUACGGAUCAGUGUUGUUCGUGGCGUGGUUUAUGGGAUUUGGAUAUGGCUUUGUGUUCACCUUUCUCUACUGGCAUCUGGAAGAUCUGAAUGGAACUACAACACUCUUUGGAGUCUGUUCAGUCCUGAGUCACGUAUCCGAACUGACCGCUUAUUUUUUCAGUCACAAGCUCAUUGAAUUGAUUGGCCACAUCAGGGUCCUGUAUAUUGGCCUCGCCUGCAACACCGCUCGCUAUAUUUACAUUUCCUAUCUGGAAAAUGCUUGGACUGUUCUCCCUAUGGAAGUUCUUCAAGGAGUGACGCAUGCGGCCAUCUGGGCAGCGUGCAUCUCCUACCUCAGUGCGGCUGUGCCCCCGGAGCUGAGGACAUCUGCCCAGGGCAUCCUGCAGGGCCUCCACCUGGGCCUGGGCAGAGGCUGCGGUGCCAUGAUUGGUGGUGUGCUAGUCAAUUACUUCGGAGCUGCGGCCACCUUUCGCGGGAUUGGCAUGGCCUGCCUGGUGAUCCUCCUGCUGUUUGCCCUGAUCCAGUGGUUGGCAGUGCCAGAUGAGGAAGAAGACAAGACAAUGUUGGCAGAAAGGAUUCCUGUUCCCUCCAGUCCUGUUCCCAUAGCAACCAUCGACUUGGUACAACAACAGACAGAAGAUGUCAUGCCACGCAUUGAGGCCAGACUUCCUCCCAAGAAAACCAAGCACCAGGAAGAGCAGGAGGAUGUGAACAAGCCAGCCUGGGGGGUCAGCUCUUCUCCCUGGGUGACCUUUGUCUACGCACUCUACCAGAUCAAAGAGAUGAUGCAGCUAACAAGAGACAGCCGGGCAUCUGAGAUACAGCCACUGCAGGAGACCAGUGAGCAUCGGGAAAACUCGGCACCAGGUGGAGCCCAGCCUGCGCCCCGUGAGCCUCCGUCCCGCCCAUCAGGAAGGCAGCCUCCGCCUGAUGCAGCAGCAGCAUCUCUGAAGCAGACCAGCCUUGCUCACCUCAGCUUGGGCCCGCGUGCGGCUGAGGGUCAGGAGCCUCAAGCUCAGCCCAGCCAGGGGGGACCAUAAGGACCCUGCUCGUCCAGUGUCCUGCAUGGAAUGGGGCUCCACCAGGGUAGAGUGGGGAGCCUCCCAACCCAGGACACACCUAACCAUCCACCACACCUGCACCGGACACACAGCACCGCACAUGCUUCUAAAUUAGCUAAACUGCUUAACACGGAAACUUCAGCCCGCAGGAGCUGCAGUACACACUGGCCCGGUCUGCUGGGGUGCAGUGAGGACUGGAGUUGGUUGGCUGGGGUUGGCUGGUUGAGGGCCUCUCCCCAGAGCCCUGAGGGCAGAAGCCAGCAGCCAGCCAGUGGCAGGGAGCUAAGGUGUGUCACGGGAUGGCUGAUCUAAUUUCUAUCUUCUGAUUCGGUUCUUAAAUGCAAACUGGGAAGAAACACUAUAGAUCUGUAAUUUUGUUUUUCCUUCAAGUAAACCAUUUUAAAAAAAAGAUUUAAAAAAU